AUGCUUUAUUCAUCAAAAGCACAUCAAGUUGUCCUGAUAGUAACAUGCUGGCUCAGUGGAAUUGCCACUUGUUUGCUGUUUCUCCAGUACAGCCAAAGUAACUUUCAAUCUUUAGUUUUUCCUUCAAAACAAGGAAAAACCUUGAGUGAAAUAAGCUUGGAUGACAUUCCUAAAGAGGUUACCACUCCAGCUGUUCAGAAAGAUAAACCCAUCUUAUUGCUUUGGGUCUGGCCUGAAAACUACAGAUUUGACUUAAGCGACUGUCAAACCUAUUACAACAUCGAUGGAUGUCGUAUUAUAGAUGAUCGGAACCUGUACAACCAGGCAGACGCGGUGCUUAUCUUCCACAAAUCUAUCAGUUGGGAUCUAUCUAACCUGCCGCCAUCUCCUCGCCCUGCUUUCCAGAGAUGGAUUUGGUUCCAUGUUGAAUCGCCAACCAACACUCAUCGUAUUCCAGGGUUGGAGAACCUCUUCAACCUCACCCUCAGUUACAGACGUGAUGCCGAUAUCUCUGUACGAUAUCCGCUCACUGUCAGCAAAACGCCAAUCAAGGGGUUCGAGAUUCCCAAGAAAGACAAGCUUGUCUGCUGGUUUGUGUCCAACACCAACCCCAGUACUGGAACCGGGACCAGGAUGAAGUUCUACGAAGAGUUCAAGAAACAUAUCAACAUAGACAUCUUCGGUAACAUGGCCGGGAACCACUUGAAAGAUGAGGAAUACUUCCCUACCAUGUCCAGCUGUAAGUUCUACCUGUCCUUUGAGAAUUCCAUCCACAAGGACUACAUCACAGAGAAGUUCAAUGGCCCAGUUUCCGUUGGGACUGUGCCUGUUGUGUUGGGUCCACCAAGAGAAAACUAUGAACAGUUUGCUCCACAUAAUUCAUUCAUUCAUGUGAACGACUUUGCUAGUCCUUUAGACCUAGCCAAUUAUCUGCUUCAACUGGACAAGGACGACGAGGCCUACAGUCGCUACUUUGACUGGAGAAAACAUGUGAAUGCAACUCGUCAUCUAAACAAUUUGAAACAAGAGUUUGUUACGUACAUUUGCCAUGCCUGUGAAUACAUUGGGGUUCACAAGGAGUAUAAAGAAGCUCACGAUAUCUACAAGUGGUAUUUUUCAUGA